CUUACGAUUGCCUGCAUGUCUUUUACUUCCUAUUUAUAGUAGGUACGCGUACCUACAGACUACGGGAAUAGUAUAUAAAGAGAAUUUGUAACACUGAUUAAUCAUUCGCAGUUUACUUGUGGAACAUAACUAAAUACAAUGGCAGCUAAGUUCGUGGUUGUUGCUCUGCUGGUGGCGGCUGCUCAAGGCAGCGCAAUCCAUGGUGACUACACCAGCUUCUCAUACGGUGUGUCCGACCCCCACACCGGUGACGUCAAGAGCCAGCACGAGACCCGCGUCGGAGACAAGGUGGUGGGCCAGUACUCGCUCCUCGACUCUGACGGCACAAAGCGUACCGUCGACUACGCCGCUGACGCUCACUCUGGAUUCAACGCCGUCGUCCGCAAAGACCCCUUGUACGCUCACGCCCCCGUCGUCGCUCACGCCGCUCCCGUCGUAGCUCACGCCGCUCCCGUCGCCUACGCCGCUCCCCUCGCCCACGGCUACGCCGCCGCCCCCGUAGCUCACGGCUACUCCCACGGUGUGACCACCUACGGCGCUGUCGCUGCUCCCCUGGCUCAUGGUGCCGUCGUAGCCGCUCCCCUCGCCUACAGCGCUGGAGUAUACGGUGCUCACGGUGCCGUCGCCUACGGCGCUCAUGGAGCUCAUGGUCUCUACGGUGCUCACGGUGCCCACGGUCUCUAUGGCGCUCACUUGUACUAAAUAAAAAUAUGAUAAUAUUUAUUUAUACUGAAACCCCAAUGAAUGAUGCUGUGAUCAAAUAAAAUAGUUCGAAGUACCUUA